AUGCCCUUCGGAUUCAAAAAAGGCGAGAAAGACGCCGACCUCGACUCGAAGAAGGCCUCGCUCUUCGGAAGCCGCAGCAACAAGUCCUCGCCAGCACCGUCCUCCGCCAACCCCUACGCCGCUGCUCCACCCCCGGCGAACGACCCUUACGCCUCCCGCAAUGCCAACCCGUACGCCAAUCAAGGUGGCAUGAACGAUCCAUACGCCCCGAAGCAGCAGUCAAGACCAUCGCAGCCACCAACAUCCUCCUUCGGGAACCUCAGCUUGAACAACGAUGCCCCUCCAGGCUACAACCGCGGCCCUUCGCCACAGCCUAACAGGUAUGAGAAGUCCCCGGUGCCUCCUGGAGGCUAUGGGGGAGCGCCUAGAUACCAAAACUCAGGCAGCUAUGGUCAGACGAGCGGCUACGGGAGUGAUCCAUAUGGUAGUCAGCAGCAGCAGCAAUCACGAUAUGGGCCAAGCGGGUAUGGUGGAAUGGGCAGGAGCAACAGCAAUGACACCAUGAGCACUGAUGCGGGCCGCAACGCUCUGUUCGGGGAUGCUGCAAAUAGGGCCGCUGCCCAACCACAGCAGCCACCUUCCCAGCAACACGGCGGAGACAACUCCUACUCCAACACCGGCGGCUAUGGUGCCAACGACCUCCCAGGCGGCUACGGCAGCGCUCCUGACCGCGAGUUGACGGAAGAGGAGCAGGAAGAGCAAGACGUGCUCGCAGCCAAGACCGAAAUCCGCUUUAUCAAACAGCAAGACGUGGCCAGCACCCGCAACGCCCGCCGCAUCGCCGAGCAAGCUGAGCAGACUGGACGUGAGACCCUCGCACGUCUGGGUCAGCAAGGCGAGCGCAUCCAUAACACCGAGCGCAACCUGGACAUGUCGAGCAACCAGAACAGACUGGCGGCCGAGAAGGCUUCCGAGCUGAAGACGCUGAAUCGAAGCAUGUUCGCCGUGCACGUCAGCAACCCGUUUACAGCGAAGUCAAGGGAGCAGGCUGCGAACGCUAUCGCUUUGGAGAAGCACCAGGCGGAGCGCGCACAGCGGGAUGCCACGACGGCAGAGGCAUAUGGUACUCAAGCCAGGCAGCAGCAGCACCAGCGUGAUGUGAACGGGAACGUGGUUAGGAAACCCGCUGGAAGCAAGAGCCUGGCUGAGCGGGCGAAAUACCAGUUUGAGGCGGACAGUGAAGACGAGGAGAUGGAGAAUGAGAUUGAUGAUAACUUGGAUGCCAUCCACCGCGGCGCUAAAACACUGAACGCUCUCGGCAAAGCCAUGGGCACGGAGAUCGAGAGCCAGAAUAAGCACAUCGACCGCAUUACGACGAAGACGGAUAAGGUGGAUGAUCAGAUUGCUCUUAACCGGGCGAGGUUGGACAGGAUUCGCUGA